GUUCUGUAUAAACCCCAGGCAAGGGCAACUGUCAAUGUAGAACGAUCUGUAGGGGUUCCAUGGCAAGUUUAAAACUGCGUAUGCAUACCUGCGGAAAUGUAUCAACCAUACCUGCCAAAAUAUGCACAUUAUUAAUUGGAGAUAUUUAGCGGUGUUCUAUCUAUAUAAGGUUUUUAUCUCUUCAUCCACUUAGCAGUAUAGAUGGAGCUCCUUCACUUUACAGAAGGCAAAGGAACUUUGUGAAUGGAUUUUUUCGAAAUUAUACCAAGCUAUAACAAAAAUGAUAUUACUUUAUAACAAUAUUAUGAAGAAGGGUUUUCUUCCACUAGCGUUAAUUUUAAUAGCCGGGGCAUCUGUUUGCGUCGCCAGAAGGAAAAGAGAAAAACCUGAAUUACGUUUCACAGACUGUGGUAAAAAUCCUAACCGGCCGAUUUUUUUCUACGAUUUCCAGGCCAACCCCAUCCCAAUUAUUACCCCCGGGACAUUGUAUGUGAGCAUGGCGGGGAAUAUCUCCCACGACCUUCCCCGGAGGAUUUCUAUAAAACUGGAAGUUAAAAAAUACUUUAUUGGUAUUGCCUUUCUAGUACCGUGCUUUGAUAGCCACAUAGGUUCAUGUACCUACGAUAAUAUUUGUGCAAACUUAGAGACUUUUGAAAGAAGACAGCGUUGUCCGAAGCGGUUACGUAAUUUCAAUAUUCAGUGUCAUUGUCCAUUCCAAGCCGGCGAGUUUACUUUUAAAGAUCUGGCUUUAAAUAUUCCCAAAAUAGGAGGAUUUGCUGGAGCUUUUGUCAAAGUAAGAGGUGACUAUGAAGUAGUGUUUAAGGUUUUGGACGAGAACACAGAAGAACUUGGUUGUCUUAACCUUCGAUUCGCCAUCAAACGUCGACACAAAGGAUGGCUCUUCAAGAUCUAGCAGUGCAGGUGAAAUCUUGACCGCGGUGUUUAACAAAUGACCUGAAUUCACACGUCACUUCCUGGGGAAUUGUGUGAUACAUACUGCAUUAUUCUCAUCACUGCAUUUCUUAUUACUGUCGUUAGCGUCAGCUAUAAACUCGUCGUUACCGGAUAUGACGCAACAUUAUACUUCCGGUAUAUAUCUUAGACGACGAUUAACAACCAGCUGUACUGGACACGUGGACUUGCUUCCAGUAGCUUUCAGGUCUGGUUUUGUGUAUCUUAUGGUUACCGUGCGUUAUCAAAGAUUUAGUUUCCUGACCAGCAAAGGAAAACAUCCGAGAGAUCACAUGAGGAAUCGUUACAUGAUUUCAAGUGGAAUAAAAGACACCACUUCCUGGAGACGUUUGUCUCCCGCACAUUUAAGUCCCCUACCUCCAUGACCGUUAGAAUCGGCCCAUAACCGGAAGUGAUACGUCUAAUCAGAAAGGCAAAACUGCUCUGUGACAACCUACUGGACAUGACUUUGUAGUUGUGAGGCGAGUCAAUGACAGUGUUUAGAAUCUACGGGGUCUGGUUGGUUGUUCGUGAAUUGAGUCUGCAAAGGCAUUGUAUCGAACCUACGGGAUUUGAUAGUCUCUUGGUGAAAAAGAGUCAGAUAUUGCAUUAGACGGAAUCGGAUUGUGUAAAUGAUGACGAUGUCACGGGCGCUAACCUCAUUCCUUAGUUGGUGUUCGCCUAGUAUUUAUUAUUUGUAAAUCUUGUGUAGACCCUUUACCGUAAUUCUGACGAUAGUGAAAUCCAGUGAUACGAAGAUGACUACACAUGUCGUAAUUGAAGAGAAACUGAAUUAUUCUGUCGCUUUUGUAAAAACGUCUAACAUCAUAUCCGUGAUCAAAUUAUUGGUAAGAUUUUAUCUUUCUUCCAGGAAAGCAUUUAUGAUCUGACGAUAAACGUCACAAGAGAAUACUUGUGUAGCUUUUUCUUCUCUUUUAACGAUUUGUUGUGCUUUAAUGAAACAAUAUUAAGCUACUCGUUUAACAGACGAUAUUUUUACAUUGACAACAGGCUGGUGCUAAUUUCUGCACGUGCUGCCCAAAGACGAUACUUUUGCCUUCAUUUAUUUCUCAUAUUUUUGUAUACGAACCAUAAUGUUAGGUGUUUAUGGAUUAUAAACAUGUACUACCUUACUGUAGCACGUACUUCCUUUCACAAAAGAGUUCCGAAAUGAGAAAUAAUAAAAGUAUCUUUGAUGAACAAUAAUUUUGGCUAUAUCAAUCAUAAUAUAAAUGACAACACGUUUGAAAAGAAAAUAUGUGAAGGGAGACAACCCCAAGAUAAACAAUGUCAUUAAAUGAGUAAGGCUGCAUACAUCCUUAACUCUAACGCAGAUAAGUGGUACUGCGAUGUAGCUUACAACGUUACGGUCAUGUGAUUUGAUAUAGCUUGGUGUGGGAGGAUGCUUAUCAAACAAAAAGCAUACACAGUUCAUUGCUUUGAAAAAAUUAUCCUUGAAAUUAUGUGGUGUAUAUAAAAGAUAUAUACAUACACAUGUAUGUCUACUCAACCCUUGGUCUGAUGAAUGUCUGCAAGCUCUCGUUUCAACUCUGUGAAACUGAGGCUAUUUGAUGAAGAUCCUUGUAUUGACAGUAAAAAUAUAAAAUUUCAAAUUUUGAAAAUGGGAGUGAUAGGAACAUACCUAAUGAAAACACUAACCGUUCCUUUCUAUAGUUGCUGAAUAUUUGAAGUAACAGACAUUUCUUUUCUCUCUGAACAAUGCGUUUUCAUCAAUAUAUUCGACAACAUCUUUCCCAUUUUAUAAUAAAAUUAUUUAAGACACACUUUCGGACUAAAGCAUUACGGAAAUUGAGCACUCCUUAGAAUUGGGUAUUACCAAGAUUGAUGUCUACUUUUCCCCUCGAGUUUAGGUUUCCCAUUUCUGCGAUCCAUGAAAAUGAGCAGUUGAAUCUCGGAGUUAAGACUGACAAGAUCUAACGGACGAGUUUCUGACCUUUGGAAUAAUAACACAUAUUGUUCGUUGGAGGAUGUCCGAUUCGUUGUGCUACUGUACUAUGCACGUGUGUGCUAUUUUGAAUGUUCAUUAGAAAUUGACCAUAGAAAUUGAUGUUUUUGUGAUAAGUUC